AUGGCAAACUCAAGAAGCGAAAAGGAUGAAUUAGAAGAAGAAAAUGUGAUACUCACCUUGGUUCCAAUAAGCGAGGAACAUAAUGAACAUCAAGUGGAACCAAGUGUUUCUUCAACCUCAGACAGCAACGAUAAAGUUAAUCUUCCUCAAAUGAGUGAACAAUUCAAAGAUUGCCCCAAACCAAUCCUUCCCUUGCCAACCACUUUGCCAUCAUAUAAUAAAGUACGUCUCAACACUUUGCAGAACUGGUGCCAACAAUUGAAUUUGAGUACUGAUGGUAAGAGUGUUGCUGAAACACCAGAAGAGGACACAUUGCAGUCAUGUUCGGGGGAAUUGACCAAGAAAGCAAGGAGUAAGAAAAGUCAUCAGAUGAGUAAAAGAGAGGAAGAGACUCAUACAGUUGAAAUGACCAUGACCAAUACAGUUGAAGUGAUAACUUCAGCUCGUGAGGCCAUGUUGGCAGCAUGGUCAAGAAUUGCUGCAAGAGGCUCGCUAUCUAAGGCUGCAAAUACAUAUAAAAUUCCUAUUUCUGUUGAGAAUUUUCUGCUGCAAACAUCUGGUGUCAGGUGGUGUGUGGUCCAUGGCAGACAUCUCCUGGCAGACAAAAAGGGUUGGGUUCGCCUGCAGUUCCAUGCAGGUCAGACCUGGGUGCCUGACACUCCCACGAAGAUGAUUUCUCUCUUACUUUUACCGGCCUGUACUUUCCCAUCCCCAGACCUAGAAGAUAACAUGUUAUGCCCUGACUGUGUUAAGAGGAAUAAAAAGAUGAUGGAGAAAUUAGGUAAAAUGAGGAAGAGAAGGUAA